AUGAAGGAACAAAUCCUGACUACAUCAGGUAUAAGGAUGUCAUGGAGAGAUGAAUUUUUAACAUGGAAUCGCAGUUUUUAUGGCGAAACAACAAAAAUAUCGGCUCCCUUAUCUGAGAUAUGGAAUCCGGAUGUUCAUUUGAUCAACUAUGCAGACAGGUCAAAUAUAUUUGAAGAUAAAGAUACACUUGUUAAUAUCUACAGUACUGGAUUGGUUGAAUGGCAUAAUUUUAUUGAACUUAAAACUUAUUGUUUCGUAGAUACGACACAAUAUCCAUUUGAAACCGAGAUCUGUAAAUUACACUUUUCAGCUCAAUAUCUUGACGAAAAAGAACAAUUAUUAAAAAUCCAGCUGCAAGAUGAUUAUUUUAAUCAAUUUCAAUCAAACGGAGAAUGGCAUAUAUCUAAACCUGACAAAAUUAGAACUUAUACUGAAAUACGAAAUAGCAAUAGUAAAAGAUUCGCUGGUGUGGUAUUGGAAAUAGAAAUGGAACGACGACAAACCUAUUACGUGUGGAAGUUUCUUGUUCCAACUGUUGCGAUUACAUGUAUCAAUAUGGUAACAUUUUUGCUUCCAGUGAAAAGUGGCGCCAAAGUCACGCUAUCAACAUUUGUUGUAUUGAGUUUCACUGUGAUGAUUCAGUUAUUUAAUCAAUCUUUACCUAGCAGUUCCGACAAAAUUUCUCAAUUUGGAAGAUUACUGUGGUGUUUACUUGGUAUGAGUGGAUUAAGUCUCAUAUUUAAUGUUGUUAUUACUGCAAUUUUCUAUCGCAAAUGUACUAUAUGUAAAAUAAAUUGUUCAGUAUGCAACUUUGCAAAACUGAUAAAGAACUUUCAAGAUAAACCUAGAAAUACAACGUGCUGCUGUAAAAGUAAAGAGGACGAACAGAUAACAGAACUAAAGUAUAUCAGAACACAAGAAAAGGAAACUGUUCAACAGGGUUCCAGCAUGGAAAAUAAAAGUAUGUUUUCUUUAAAUGCUCAGUUCCGAGAAGUUACAAUCACAAUUGUGUUAACAUUGAUCACACGUUUAAGUGCUACGAUGGCCAGAUGUCUUCCCAUAAUUUCAUUAAAAAGAGUCAGCAUAAACGGAAAAUAA